AGGCCAUAGAAAUCCGAAUUCGAAGGGCUUGAGAAAUCCGUUAGAGCUAGCGUGGCAAAGGACUGUUAGAGCCGGGGUUAUCUGGUUUCUUGGCCUGAAGUCAUGCCAUCUUGCUAUGCUUUUGGUUGCACCAGUAAUAGCAUUAAGGAAGAUUGUGAGGAAUUAAGAUUCUUCUGCAUUCCUACCUCCCAGCGCGAUCAGGAGCGGAGAAGGCUUUGGCUGGCGGCGAUCCGAAGGAAAGGGGAGCCGUACAAGGACGCUAAGAUAUGUUCUACACAUUUCGUGUCUUGGACGUAUGACACAGGAUGUCCUGCCAGGUGGUGGGACAAGCAGCAUCCAGACUAUGUGCCAUCCAAAUUUGAAUUCCCUGCGAGUCAUAUGUCUGUUGGCGACCCACAGAAAGACCUUCGAAGAUACCGUAGGGCACAAAAGAUUUCCCAGAGGUCCGCCCUCACUGACUGUGUGUUAGUUGAUUCCCUAAUUGAAACAACACAAGGUGCUGGGAAGUGUGAGCAAGUGGAAGACACAUUCAACUUCAGUGAAAUAGUUCCAGAUGGUGAAAGUGCUGAAGGGUCACAGACUCAAGCCCAACUGCCAACAGCAAAAAUCCAUGUGUCCAUGCGAGGUAAUGGUGAACAACUCAUGAUGUUUGCUGUUGGAUGUAUCGGGUUCUGCAAUACCAAUUACACUGAUAGUGUUCUUACAGAUGCAAGUACAAAUACAGAUGGUGGCUGUUCUGUGGUAACAGAAGAUGUGAAGCGCCUGAGAAUCAUCAUCGACAUGUUCCGGGACGCCAAUGAACGUCUGACUGAAGAAAAUGCUGCUCUCAAAGCAGAGAAUGAGGAGCUGAAGAAAUCAUAUUCCCAGUUCAACAAGGUCACCAACAGAAAUGGCUUGAUGCAUGUGGUAUCAGUGUUCUCAAGACGGGGCAUAGAGUGCAUCAGGUACAUUCUCCAUCAUAUGCCUUUUCCUGCCUGGCAGCCAAAAGGAAUAAGCCUGGGGCCGAUGCUGUGCCCUCUCUGCAGCACAGGGAAGGUGUUCCAGGCACCCCAGUGCUUCCUGUGUCUACACCAUCUCGAAGACCAGAAUCCGGACGAUCGGCAACAAGCAAGAAGCUGGUGAUAUCCAGCAGUACGCACAUGAUCCUGCGACGUGCGAUGCGAAAGGCCGGCCUACCAACAGUCAAGCGUACCAUCCUGCACCUUGCUAAAGGGUACCUGAGGGAACCUGGUGGUGGCGAUGGCGAUAGGGAGCAAGCCGGAGGCGACAAUGUGGGUGGCGAUGGCGACACUGGUGACGCUGCGCACUUGGCCAUGCCGAGUACAUCACGGACGUUUCAUUCGCCGAUGUGUUCGUGGAGGCGAAGCGGGUGGCCGACUUCAUCGCGUCGCACCUGUGUCAGGCCGGCUUCCUGACCACCAGCAUCCACGGCGACCGGCUGCGGCCCGAGCGCGAGGAGGCGCUGGCUGAC